AUGCGUCCCCGAGCAGUCCUUCCCGCUCUGGCUAGCCUUGCCGCGGCUGGCAGCAUCCCCGACGGAUCCCCGUUCAACCUCAUGGCCCUCCGAUCCGCGAGCGACGUCCACUUUGCCCCGUUCAACGCCGCUCUGAGCAGCAUCUUCCUUCACCUACCUGAACAAAACGCGACUUGCGAUGCCGAGUCGGAUGGCACGGCUACUUUCUACCUCGAGGACGGCAGUCUUUUCCUCUACGGCGACGACGAUGAUGCGCGUCAACAACUUUUCGCGGACCGCCAAGGCAAGCUCGGCUACACCACCGGCUCCCAGCCAGGGCCUCGAAACGGCGAACGAGUUAACUUCCAGCUGGACGACGCCAACGACCUGGACUUUAACGGCGCUGGCUUUAUUGCGUGCCCGAAUAGCAUCGAUGGGGCUUGGAGUGUCUGGGUUAGCGCUGGAGUGAGCAACCCCGGGUGGAACGAGGACUGUCUUGGGAUCUCGGUCCGGGCGAUUGAAACCGACGCGCCCAACAGCUGUGUUUACACGCAAUAG